GUCAUGCCUUGCUAGGUCAUGCUGCGGCAGCCUCACUUCUUCCCGCCGUUGGGCACAGCUACUUCUGAUCUGGUGACCGCUUCUGCAAUCUGCGCUGUGUUUCUUGCCAAGUACUGUGCAUGCCCGCCACGUCUGCCUGACAGUGUGGCCACACACAAAAACGCUCGGAAACACGGCGGUCCGACGGACGCCGCGUCCGUCGUUGUGGUGGGAAUGCCACGUGGAGGCAAACUGGGCAUUCCACCGGCGGGAGCAGACAGAGACCGACGCGUCAAAGCCGGAGGAGGAGGAUAUGGCUCCGAUGGAAGCGGAGGAGCCGGACCAGCAGGUGCCGCCCUUCAACAUGGAGCAGACGGAGGCGAAGUUCGCCGUUGCCCACUCCGACGAGAUGGCCGAGCAGCAGGUCAUUCUGGAGUUCAUCCAGGAUGAGGCCUACGUGAAGACAAAUCGGACGUUUCGCUGGCAUGAGCAGGCGAAGACCGACGCGCUCUUCGCCGAGCUCGACGCGAAGAUAGAGGCGGAGGAGGCCGGAGCGGAGCAGCUGGAGGCGUCGAAGGAGCCGGAGCUGUAGCUGUCGUCCAUGUUGCCGGAGCCGGGCACGGAGAUCGUCAUGAUCUCCGACGGGGAAUAGAUAGGAUUGACGUAUUACGCAUGUCUUUGUGUAGAUAUAAGAAUCGAGUAUGAGAUGAGCGGAUGCAACAAAUGAAAAUUAAGGUGUGCCCGGGUGUG